AUGCUUCAGCUCUCAGGUGAUGCCGUCCGACCAAGCGUCCUCGUCCCGGAGAAGUUGUCCCCUGAUGGCCUGGCACUGCUCAAAUCUACCCUGGAUGUGCACGAGAAGAGAAACCUUAGCCCAGACGAAUUGUUGAAAAUAAUCCCUGAUUACCAAGCGUUGCUUGUCCGUUCGGAGACGAAAGUCACUGCGGAAGUGUUGCAGGCGGGCAAGAAUCUGAAGGUUGUCGGUAGAGCAGGAGUUGGGGUUGAUAACGUUGACGUCACUGCUGCAACAAAGCUUGGGAUUGUGGUUAUAAACUCCCCAUCUGGAAAUGUUGGAGCAGCUGCCGAACAUACGAUAGCAUUGAUGCUGUCGAUGGCUAGAAAUAUACCUGAUGGUUGUUCCAGCCUGAAAAACGGGAAAUGGGAAAGGAGUAGAUUAGUGGGUGUUGAAAUCAAAGGGAAAACUCUAGGAAUUAUCGGCCUAGGAAAAGUUGGCUUGAUAGUUGCGCGACUUGCCAAAGGCCUGGGUAUGAAGGUGAAUGCCGUGGACCCCUAUGCUUCUGCUGCAGUUGCAGAAUCUGCGUCUGUGAGCCUUCUGCCAUCCCUUGCAACACUGUUGCCGACAGUAGAUUUCCUUACAAUUCAUACCCCUUUGAUCGCAUCGACAAAGGGCAUGAUAUCAUCUGCAGAGCUUUCGCAGAUGAAGCGAGGUGCUCGUGUACUAAAUGUCGCUCGUGGCGGGACAUUUGACGAAGCUGCGCUUCUCGAGGCCCUAGAAUCAAAUCAUUUGGCUGGAGCGGCAAUUGACGUUUUUACAUCUGAACCUCCUGCUGCUGAUUCUAGCGCUUCAAGGCUCAUCGCCCAUCCACGAGUUGUGGCGACUCCACAUCUCGGUGCCUCUACAGUUGAAGCACAGGAGAAUGUUUCCAUGGAUGUCUGCGAACAAGUUCUCCAGAUAUUAAAGGGUGCCCUGCCUCGAAGUGCUGUGAAUGCUCCUUUGAUUUUGCCUGAAGAAUACAAGAAGCUCCAGCCAUUCGUACAUCUCGUGGAGAAAAUGGGGAAUUUAUAUACACAGCACUUCACAUCGACUGCCACGUCCACCGCAAAUAGCAGCACGUUUGACCUAAUCUACGAAGGAGAGAUUGCGAUGGCCAAUAAUACAAAACCUCUUUUUGCCGCUUUGAUUAAGGGACUCAUUGCUCCCAUUAGCAGCACCGCAGGAAUCAACGUAAAUAUCGUUAACGCCGAGCUCAUUGCGAGGGAACGUGGCCUUGUUGUCAACGAACGGUUUUCCCGUGAUCCAACCUCGCAUUCUUACUCUUCUCUCAUCACACUGGUGGCUCACCCACCUUCUCGUGCGUCCUCCCGCCCUCCUCCUCGUGUCGCAAGUUCUGUUCCUGAAGUACAAGCCGCCCACGAACAACAACAAAUCAUAUCUGGGACAUGCUCACAGUCUCAGCCAUUAAUAUCUCGUCUCGGCCGAUUUGCUACAUCCUUCGUUCCGGAAGGUACCCUACUUAUUUGCCAUAACUAUGAUUCUCCUGGAAAAAUUGGGGUUGUCGGAAGUAUCUUGGGGAGGGAAGGAGUUAAUAUCAACUUUAUGGGAGUAGCUCCUGUCUCAAAGGGCCUUGUGGAAGGCGAGAAAGCUGUAGCUAGCAGUGAGACUAAUGCACAUCCUGACUCAAGGGAUAAGGUUGUGCCUGAGAAAGAGGCAUUGAUGAUCCUUGGGGUUGACAGGGCCGUGGAGGAUAGUGUAGCCAAGGCUCUGGUAGAAGAAGGGGGUGUAUUAAGUGCUAGUGUCAUUUCCCUUUGA